AUUUAUUCUUGAAAAUGGAUAAGCUUAACAAUAUCGAACUCUUCAAGAUUUUGAAGAAGAGGGUUCAAAUAGAGAAUGUGCUUUCCCUCCUACUGUUAGUUCCUAUAGGACUGCUAGAAUUAUUGGUCCUGGUUACAGAUGAAAGAUACAGACCUAUUAAAAACUACAUGAUCCAUCUCUUUGCAGCGAUUUUUAUGAUAAUAAUUCUCUCAAUGCAAGCCUCUUUGAGGCUUGGAUCAGGCAAACCGAAGGUUAUUAGGUACAGGAAUCUGAAGACCUCUGAUUACCAUCAGAAGAUCAUUAGAGAGAAUAUUUUGACUUCAAAUAAGGACAAUGAGACUAAGAGUCCAAUUCUCCGCGGAAGAUACACUGAGAAUUACUCUCAAGACAAGGACAUCUUCUAUACGCCAAGGGAGAGCCAUGACUUUUCAACUCUUAGAAGACGGAAGGCAAACCCUCGUAGAGGAAUCUUCGAUAAUCAGAGUCCAUUCACCAGGAAAAGUUCUUUAGGCUUGAACACUCCAGACAGAGGGUUUACCCCCAGAAGAACCUUAGGAUCUCAGUUCGGAUCAAAGUAUGACUUUGAGGGCAGGAGACACUCUCCGCUGACAACUAAUAAAUAUGAUUACGUUAGUUCAUUAGGUAGACCAAGGGAGACUUUUAGAAAGAAGGAACUCAGGGAUUAUGAAGAUCGUGAAGAGUCAAAGACUAAUUACUACAAGACCAUGGAAGAGCUCGGCAUUGGCAAGAGCAUUGGCUACUGGAUCCAAAACACUAAGGAAUGGAUCUACACAGGCAUUAUUAAGAAGCUACUGAUACUCGAUAGAGAAAAUUUUAAGGAACUCUCUAGGCAAUUCCAAAGAAUUGGCUUUGAUCUGGUAGUCAGUAAGAACGAGCACUCUAGAUCUCCAUAUAAAAGUGAACAAAUGUUUAAAGCCAGGGAUGACUCCAAGCUCUUGGAUAUAGAGGAUCUUACUAACCUAGAGCUUAAGCAAGAUCUUGUUGAUCAGCUAUAUGGAAAGUACUAUUAUGCAGUUAAAAAUAAACCUCUCUUCAAGGUUGAAGGCAAGCUUAAAGAAGAUCUCGAAGAACUCCUUCAGCAGAGAAGAGAUAUUGAGAAAUAUUUCAGAAUUGAAGGUUUUGCAAAAGAGACUAGACCAUAUGUCACUUAUAGAAUCGCCAGAAUGGUUGAAAGCUCUAGCUUCCAGAUUCAUUAUAACUCUGGUGAAUCUUGGCAAGGACAAGAAUGGAGCCAUGACUUCCCAACAGAUGCAGAAAUCAUAAUGUGGCUCUUCUGAACAUGCUUUGAGAGAAUCUACAGAGACUCUAGUGAUUACAGAGCUAAGAUUAAAAUCCUAUAUGGUUACAUGAGCUACUACCCGCAGUAUUCUAAAAGUGGAGAAUCACUUGUAAUUGUCCAGGUAUCACCUCCUAAGUUCUCUCCAUUCUACAAAGUUAUGUCAGGAAAUAAAGAGCUGAAUCCUUUCCCAGGUGAAGAUAACGUUUUCAGUGCGAUCUUACUGUUUCUGUAUGAAAUCAAGACGAAAAAGAAUGGUAUUUUCGGAGCCAACCACAAAGCUUUACUUGAAGACAUUCUCAGAGUAUAAUUCUAACCUGAACAGAGUAAAUAAUUGUGUAAUGCCAAUGAUGGU